AUGGCAGGUACAUUUUUACCAAAUGUAAGGAAACAGCGUCAGUAUAGACAUACUCCUAAUGUUCAGCAUCUUGAGGAUGGGGAAAUGCACGAGAGGUAUCGUUUCACAAAUGAUGGCGUAGCAUUUUUGGAGGAUAUCUUGAAGGAUGACAUAAAAAGAGACAAUCACCGGAACAGAGCCCUCAGUGUGCGACAGAUGGUUCUUAUAACCCUUCGGUUCCUCGCCACAGGGGCGUUUUUCAAUGUUGUAGGAGACAGCAUGGGUUACCACAAAUCAACAGUUUCUCGUGUGGUAACCCACGUGACAGAUAUUAUUUGCAAAAGAAUGAAACGAUUCAUUGUAUGGCCUUCCGGCGAAGAGAAGAAUAGAGUGAAGAGCGGAUUUUUCACAUCGGCAGGCUUCCCUCACGUAGUGGGGUGCGUUGACGGGACACACAUCCGUAUCCAGGCCCCUUCUGUUGAUGAGCCAGCUUUUGUCAACCGAAAAGGCUAUCAUAGUAUUAACAUGCAGGCAGUUUGCGGUCAUGAAGGAUUGUUCACAAGUGUCAACGCCACUUGGAUGGGCUCGUGCCGUGAUGCACACGUGUUCAGGACAUCAGGGCUGUGCAACAGGCUACAACGAGACAAUCAAUGUCUGGAAGAUGGGGUGCUUCUUGGAGAUAGUGGGUAA